AUGGAAAUUGGUCAAGGCAAAUCUCAACAAGAUAUACAUUCAAGCUAUGCACAACCACAUCGUCAAGAAACAUCAAAAUCUUACUCGAAAGAAACAUCAGCCUCAUCAUCAUACAGUCGAUCAUCAUCAAGUACAAAUCGCAAUUCAUCAUCCAAUAGACAUCGACGUUUAUUGAAAAACAAUUCACUAUUUAAUGAUUUCAACGAUUUUAAUGAUCCAUUUUUCGAUCGAUUUUAUGAUGACGAUUUUUAUUUUGAUCGAUUAGACGAUGAUUUUUCUUUACGUUCACCAUUAUCAUGUAGAAACAAUAGCAAAUUUAAUUUCUCAAAUGAUGGCAGUUUCUUUAGUCGAACAAUUCCUGUUAUUAAACGAUCAUCGAGUACAUCAUCAACAGGACGAACAAGAACAGUACCAGUAGAAUUUGUUCAAUCAUCAAAAAAUAAACGACAAAAUGGUUCAUCAUCUGUAUGGUCGGGCAAGAAUUCAUUUGACAACAGUAAAGGUAGAACAAUACCGGUAUCGGUGCUAAGAUCAUCAGAUUUCACUUCGCCAUCUUAUAUACCAGAAAGAAAAGGUAGGUGUUGUUGA